AUGAAUGCAAAUGAGAUACAAAUUAUGGUGGCAUUGGCCUCCGGUGCAGGGCCAUACAUAGAAAGGGUAAGAGAGGCUCAGUUAGGAACGUGGCUCGUGAAUUUACGAACUGUUGAUGCAAUGGGCUUGAGACUUGAACCCGAUCGGUUGCACCUUACCACAACAUCUCAAGUAACGUUAGGGGAAAUCGCAAGGUUUAUAGAUGAUUACAUGUUUUCGAAUGGCUCGAGACCUACUAGUUUGAAUAAGUUUCUUCCAAUCAAGGUUUACAUUUUCCAUUGGUGUCUCUUAUUAAACCGGCUGCUAACUAAAGAUUAUCUUAUAGCCCGGGAUAUUGAUGUUUCGUGUUCCUUUUGCCCGAUAUGUGGUGAUGAUGCUAAAGAAGUUAAUAAUUUGCUCGUUCACUGUGAAGUGACAAAGGACAUGAUUUCUAAACUCAAAAAAUGGUGUGAUGUUAGUUUCUCUUCUUUUGCUUUGGUGUUUGACUUGGAUCAUUUUCUUCUUCCCAUCUCUUGGUGA